AUGCCCAAGGACACGUCGAGCGGCAAGAGUCUGUCGAAGGGCUACGCCUUUGUUGAGUUUGAGACCGCGCAGGAGGCCCAGGCGGCUAUCCAGACCCUCAAUGGGUUCAAGCUGGACAAGACCCACAGCCUGAUGGUCAACUCCUUCAUGGAUGUUGAGCGUUACACUGAGGUCGACGACACCUACCAGGCUCCUCCAGAGGAGCCCUAUGUUGAGCGCGAGCACCUGCGCUCAUGGCUCACUGAUGAGUAUGGCCGUGAUCAGUUCGCCAUGUACGCGCACAAUGAGCUGGGCGUGUACUGGAAUGAGUCUGUGCAGGCACCCGAGAGCAUCCUGUCGAGGUCCAACUGGACUGAGCGUUUCGUCAAGUGGUCGCCCCUGGGCUCCUUCAUGUGCACCAUCCAUUACCAGGGCCUGGUCCUAUGGGGUGGCCCGUCGUGGAAGAAGCUUGCACGCUUCGUGCAUCUUAACAUCAAGAUGGCUGACUUCAGCCCCAGCGAGCGCUACCUCGUGACUUGGUCCACCGACCCCAUCUCGGUCGACGCCGUCAACCAGCGGUUGGGUGCCGGUAACGAGCACCAGAACCCCUUCACGAGCGACGACGAGGGCCACACUGUGUGCAUCUGGGAUACGCACACCGGCAGCCUUCUGCGCUCCUUCCCCCCGGUCAAGACCGAGGACGGCAAGGCUGCAAAUGUCGGCUGGCCGCAGUUCAAGUGGUCGCCCAGCGAGGAAUACUUUGCUCGCAUCGUGCCCAACGCCUCCCUGGCCAUCUACGAGGCCUCCACCAUGUCGCUUUUGGACAAGAAGAGCAUGAAGAUCCCGGGCAUCCAGGACUUUGCCUGGUCUCCCCGCGUCAUCUACGACCCGCGCACCGGUGCGGCUCGCCCCGAGAUGCUUGCCUACUGGACUCCUGAGGAGGGCAACCUGCCUGCCCGUGUGUCCCUGAUUUCGGUGCCCACCAAGACACUGAUCCGCACGAAGAACCUGUUCAACGUCUUCACCGCCUUCCUGCACUGGCAUCCCGAGGGCCAGGCUCUGUGUGUACGCGUCCAGCGGUUCACUAAGUCCAAGAAGUCGCGGUACACCAACUUGGAGAUCUUCCGUGCGUACGAGAAGGAUGUCCCCGUGGAUGUCAUUGAGCUUAAGGACUGCGCUGUGGCCUUUGACUGGGAGCCCGUUGCGGAUAGCUGGCGCUUCGCCAUCGUGCACACCGACGACCUCACCCCUCCCAUUCGCAACCCCUCUGGUAUGGCGUCCACCGCUGCAAACACGAGUGUGAGCUUCUACGCCUUUGAGCGCAAGGGCAGGCUGGUCAAGAAGGAGGGCUUCCAGCUGCUCAAGACGUUCGAUCGCAAGAAGGUCACUGCUCUCAAGUGGUCGCCGCGCGGUCGCCAUAUUGUUCUGGCCACGAUUCGCACGACCUCGACGUACGACCUGGACUUUGUUGACAUUGAGUUUGACCACGCCGCGGCGACCAAGUCUGGCAAUGCUGGCGACGCCGUGACCAUUGUGGCCUCGGGCGACCACUACGGUAUCACAGACUUUGACUGGGACCCCACCGGUCGCUUUAUCACUACCACCUCCUCCUCGUGGUACCACUCGGCCGAGCACGGCUACAUUCUGUGGGACUUCAAGGGCGAGCAGAUCCACAAGGGCAUCGUCGAAGGGUUCAAGCAGCUCAUUUGGCGCCCCCGCCCGCGCUCUCUCCUGACGGAGGAGAUGAAGCGCCAGGUGCGCAAGGACCUCAAGACCUACGCGAAGGAGUUCGAGGAUAUCGACGAGCGCAAGCUGCAUGCUGCGGAUGCCGAGCUUAUGUCGCAGCGCCGUCGUCUUAUUUCCGAGUGGCAGACUUGGCGCGAGCAGGUCGAUGCUCAGCUGGCUGAAGAGACUGAUGAGGCUUUGCAGAAUGGUUAUAUUCUGCCGGCUGCUGCUGAUAACCAGAUGUUUGUGGUUGAGGAGAUUGUCGACGAUAUCAUCGAGGAGAAGGAGGAGAUCAUUAACUAA